UGCUGCGCGCAGGGAGGGCGGCCUGCGGGGCUGGAGGCUGCGCGGCGGCUGCGCGCUCCCGAGCACGAGCAGGAGCCGCGGGGCGGGCUGGCCGGGCGGCCUCGGACGCAGCUCGCCUGGCCCCGCCGCCCGAUGGAGGCUGCCCGGCUGCUGGCGCUGCUGCUGGCGCUGCUGCUGAGCCGCUGCUCCGGCGCCGAAGAUGCAACCUCCGCUCCGCCGGGCUCGCCGGCCCUUCCCGCCGGGACGCCCGCCGCCCAGGAGCCGCCCGAAGCCUUCGAGCCCUCCGGGGGCGAGUCGAGCGCGGUGCAGUCGGGCGUGGUGGGCAUCAGCCAGAGGGUGAAGACGAGGCCGAGCGAGAAGAAGGACCUGGGCACGCUGGGCUACGUGUUGGGCAUCAUCAUGGUUGUGGUCCUCAUUGGCAUCGGAGUGGGGAUUGUGCUGGGCUACCUGUACAAGAGGGGCAAAGACCUCAAGGAGCGGCAGGAGCAGAAGGCCAACGAGCGCGAAAUGCAGCGCAUCACUUUGCCCCUCUCGGCUUUCAGCAACCCGGCCUGCGAGCUGGUGGAGGAGAACGUCGUUGUGGUGCACACCAACCCCACUCCGGAGGAGGAGAUUCAGGCGGGGAACACUCCACUCAUGGGCCAGGCCGGCACUCCGGGGGCUUGAGGAAGAGGCAUCCCCCGCUGGACCCCCUGAGGCAGGCGCCUCUCCGCCUCUCCGUUUACCCCGAGGAUCCAUUCGUACUUUGCUUUUCCACUUGGAAGUACAGGCCGCCCAGGCAGAAAAGCGCCCAGCGCUCGCUCCAGCCAGCAG